AAUUAGUAAUUAAUAUACUGAACAACUAAUAAAUAAAUAAUAAAUCUAAUUCUUAACACGCCGGAGAUAUCAGAUAUACGAUAUCCGGCGGCGCCGAUCACGAAAUCCAGCAUUUUGUAGGCGGCGCGUACAGAAAUUGAAGAAACCAUGGCCUCCGGGGCACUCUCCGCCUCCACGCCGCCGAAUAUUCCGGCGCCCACGGAUCGAUUAGAGGAUGAGUUCCGCCGUACCCUCCUCUCCGUCAAUUUCCCCGUCGAAGCCGAGAUCGUUCUCGAUUCACAAUACACCGACUUAAAUGUGAAAUUCGACCAGAUCGAAGCCGUCGGCGAUCUACGCCGCACCGCCGACCGAAUGACCGCCGCCGGAUACUCACAGGAGCGCGUCGUCGACGUGUACGCAUCUGCGCGGAAGUCUCUCCUGGUCGAGAUCUGCAAGGAUCUCGAUCCGAACGUCGAAUCGGAAGAGCUCAAGGGCCGAUGGACACGCGCCGCGAAGAUCGCCGUCCACGUGUCCUUCCCCUGCGAGCGGAGAUUGCUCGAUCGGAUAUUCCCGGACCUCACCGCCGACAUCGCCGAAGCUUGCUUCGUCGAGAUCGUCGGAGAUUCCGCCCUCUGUUUACUGAGAUUCACUGAGGCGAUUACCAACACCGAAUCCCCCUGUAGAAUGUUCUUCGCUUUAGACCUCUACGAACUUCUCUCCGGUCUUCUCCCUCAGAUCCGUACAAUUUUCGGAUCGAAAUCCGGCGAAUCUAUUUCGAACGAAGCUGAAAAGUCAUUGUCCGGUUUAUCGAACUGCAUAAUAACAACAUUCUCCGAAAACGAGACAGCUCUGAAUAGGGAAAAACAUCGGAUUGCAACGGAAGGUGGUUCGAUUCACCCCUUAACGAGAUACACGAUGUGUUUAAUGACUUACUUGGCCGAAUACAAGACGACACUCUCGAAACUGAUGGAGGAGGCUUCGUCGAAAUUGGAGCUUCGUAUUUCGCAGAUAAUUCUGGAUUUGAAGUCGAAUAUGGAGUACAAAUCAAAGUACUACAAGGACGCUUCGUUGCGCCAUUUGUUUAUGAUGAACAACCUUAAUUACAUGGUUUGGAGAAUAAAAAAGUCAUCCAAUUUGAAAACGAUGGUUGGAAACGAUGGUUUAGUGAACGAGUUAACGGAGGAGUACUACCGGGAUUUAAAGUUGUACCUAGAGUUGACGUGGGAGAGCCUAUUGGACAGCUUGAGAAGUACCGAGGAAGUGAAACCGGGGGUUUUUUCGUCUUUUGUGUCGAAGAAGGUUGUCUACAGACAGAGGCUUAAGGUAUUCUACGACAAGUUUAAGAAGGUACGUGGAACCCAGUCGAGUUGGAUUGUGAGCGAUGAACAACUGCGUAAGGAGGUUAGAAGUUACAUACUUAGUUUGGUUAUUCCGGUUUAUACUUCGUUUCUUGAAAAACACGGAAGCGAUAUUGAGAGAGGUGACCACCCUUGUAUUUGCAUUAGCCACUCGGUCGAGAAGCUUCGCAAAGAAGUCGAAGAAAUGUUCCAAGAUGAAUCAACAAUUAGUUUCGAAUACUGAGUCGGUUAAAUUAAUUAUAAAAAAAAAUCUCUCUUGUUUGGGCCGUACUUAGCCUGCUUUAGUUAUGUGACCUUUCCGAUAAAAAUGGUCAUUUAGAGAGAUGUAAAUUUUCCCAGACUCGGGUAGAAAAAUAACAUAGUACGUGCAUGCAUGCAUACUAAGGGGAGUUGCCAUGCACUACGUGUUCUCUUUUUUCUUUUUCUUUUUUUUUUUUUUUCUUUUUAGACGUUCUCUAUUUUUUAGUUGAAUAAGUCAAAGUUGUAAUAAGUCAAAAUUAUUUUCCAAUAUAACAAUUUAUUUAGUGAUGCC